GCGCCACCAGUCAGCUUUGCACGCUAAACAACGAUCAUUGUCAUCGGUACCGAUUGUUACAAGUUGUGUGGAGUGUCGUGCUAUUUGUGUGUACAUUCCUUCUAAGAUGUCGUCAACAAAGUGGUUGGUGUGUGCGCUAGUGGUGGUGUGCGUGAGCGUAAGGCAAGCAACAUCUGCGCCGGCGCCGCAGGAACAAGAAUACCCGCCUAUGCCCUACGAGUACAAAUACGACGUUGAAGAUCAAGAGAAAGCUCUCUACUUCGGAGCCAACGAAGCAGGAGAUGCCCAGGGCAAGGUCAUCGGAGGAUACCGAGUUCUCCUCCCCGACGGUCGUCUCAUGACCGUCGAGUACAGUGUGGAGGGAGAAAGCGGUUUCGUUCCCAAAAUCACCUUCGAAGACAACGCAAGCCCCUUCGGCAAAGGAAAGUAGACCUUAUAACGACGCCUACAAGACUGGUACCGCGAUCAAUUGAUACUAGUUCAAUUUGAUUUCUGAAUUCUAUGCCGUAAAACAUUUUCUUUUAUUAAUUAUACCGAUUUCGAUAAAU